AUGCGAACGAAGCAGAUGUACAACGAGAACGGCGAUCUGUCGUUUCCGUCCGAUUCGGCGCCAAAGAAGGAGUUGAAGCAGGGCGAAAUCGACAUCCGAGCUCUGCAACAGAAACGUCAUCUAGCCGAGAUCACCAGAACACGCAUCGAGGAGGACAUGAGGGAGAAUCACCCAUUCUUCGAUCGUCCUCUCUUUGUUAUCGGAAGAGCGUCCAGAUUGCGCGAAUUCUGCAAAAAGGUCGUCCACUCGAGAUACGAUUCGUGCGAUGACGGAUCUAACGGUAGCACUAAGACGAAGCGACGUUUCAAGGAGAUACGCACUCUCAUCGGAAUCAUGCCGUAUCUGGAUUGGGGAAUGGUAACGGUCACGAUCUUUUCCUGCAUCUCAAUGCUAUUCGAAAGCCCAUGGCCAACCACUGGAGAGAACCUUAUCGCCGACUAUGUAUUCGUGUUAACAAUGACCUUCGAGUUGUUGGUGAAAAUCGUCGCAAACGGCUUGUUUUUCACACCAAAAGCCGUUGUUAGUGACGUUGGCGGUGUCAUGACGAUGUUCAUAUACUUUACGAGCGUUACGUUUCUGAUGUGGAUGCCUCGUCACGUCGAGAUCAACUCGUUCGCUCAACUGCUGAUGAUAUUCCGUGCGAUGAGACCUCUAAGGGUUUACACGCUCGUCCCUCACAUCAGACGUGUUGUACUGGAGUUCUUUCGUGGAUUCAAAGAGAUCCUGCUGGUAACAAUUCUUAUGAUCGUUGUGAUGUUUAUCUUCGCAAGCUUCGGAGUACAAAUUGUUGGAGGAAAACUGGCUUCAUGCAAUGAUCCGACUAUCAAAUCGAGGGAAAACUGCACAGGUAUCUUUUGGCAGAAGAUUUUCGUCACUCGAUUAGAAGUGUACGGUAAGGAUGACGAAGAUAUGCAUCCGAAAAUACUGGUUCCUCGUGUUUGGACGAAUCCACGAAAUUUCAAUUUUGACCACGUGGGUAAUGCUAUGCUGGCCCUGUUCGAGACACUCUCUUACAAAGGAUGGAAUGUGAUUCGUGAUAUUCUCUGGAAUAGGCAAGGACCUGUGAGUUACUUUUUUGCUACGUCGAAACAAUUGACCAACGGAUUCCUAAGCACUUUUAAAGUUUAUUAG